UUAAAUGCCCUGCGCACAAAGCUCUGUGAAACAUCAUCUUAAUCUUAACUUUAUUGAAUUAAAGUAUUGCAUGUAAUUUUGAUUCUAUUUAUCUUAACAGAUGCAGUUUAUGUUGCUUUUUAGUCGUCAGGGAAAGCUUCGACUGCAGAAAUGGUAUGUCCCACUAUCAGACAAAGAGAAGAAAAAGAUCACAAGAGAACUUGUUCAAACCGUUUUAGCACGGAAGCCUAAAAUGUGCAGCUUUCUUGAGUGGCGAGACCUGAAGAUUGUUUACAAGAGAUAUGCUAGUCUGUAUUUUUGCUGUGCUAUUGAGGACCAGGACAAUGAGCUAAUUACCCUGGAAAUAAUUCAUCGUUACGUGGAAUUACUUGACAAGUAUUUUGGCAGUGUGUGUGAGCUUGAUAUCAUCUUUAAUUUUGAGAAGGCUUAUUUUAUUUUGGAUGAGUUUCUUUUGGGAGGGGAAGUUCAGGAAACAUCCAAGAAAAAUGUCCUUAAAGCAAUCGAGCAGGCCGAUCUGCUGCAGGAGAAAACAGAAUGAAUGUGUAUCACAGCAAGUUUCAUGGGGUGUAAGAAAGCAUACUAGAAUACGUGCUGGAGUACUGACAUGCAUCAAAAUGUAGUAGGACAUGUAAUUCAGUUUGCAAUGAUAAGUUUGUCAAGUUUGUAUUUAUAUUUUAGCAUUAUCUGAAAAGUCUAAUUACAUUAAAUCCCAAGGAAUAGUCCCAAUUAUUUCAUUUAACUGAUAUUAGGGAAUUUUGCUCUCAUACUGAUCCAUCAUUAUUUAUUUUUUUACAUAGAAUGCUGAAAGGCUCAUUGACAAAAAGUAUUAUAAAAUACUGUGACUCACUAAUGCCAUUGAUACAGAUAUAGAAUUCCCCUGGGAAAAUGAGAGCUUCUAGAAGAAAACUAAGCAUUUGGGGGUUUAGCUUAUUGCUAAUAUUAUUAUUCUAUUAUAAUCUAUUCUGAGUGGGGGGGAAAGGACAAUUAUCUCUUUAAACUGUUUAGAAAUUAUCUGAGGAUUAAAAUUUAACUGGCUUUUCUCUUCAGAUACUUUUGUAUUUAAUGGUUAUUUUAUAAGGGAUCUAUUACAUAUUUUAUUGGAACAAUUUACAUGACUUUGUAGCCUAACGUUUCAAAGUGCCAAGUUGAAGAAAUAUUAAAAUGAGGAUAUUUUUAAAGCACUCAAAUAAGCAGUUUUAAACUUUUUUUUGAGUCACAAGUCUUUUGGUGGGGGUAUAAUCCCAAGGAGCCUGAAGGGCCAUGGGUCCUCUUCUCAGGAAAAUCUGCACAUAAUUUUGCCUCUAGUUACAGGAGGUUCUUGGAGUCCCUAGAAAUCCAUCUCCGGACAUUCUAAGCCACGUCAUGAAUAUUUUAAUGUCCCAGUGUACUAAAUGACUACUCGACGUGUAUGCAGACUCUCACAGAGGAAAUAGAGAGCUGAUAUACUUAUGAAAGAAAAUAUCCUCAGCUUGGUGACCAUCUUAUAAUAAUAGAAUGUUUCAGAAUCAAUACCUUUACAAUUGUAAUUUUGUUCCUGGUUUUAUUCUUUUCUGUUUUAUCUUCAUUCUAUAUGUGAUCUUGAUAUAGCUUAUUCCUGCAUGCAGCUGGUUUAAUUUCUUCUUGAAAAAAUAUGACCUAUGAAUGUUUUUUCAUCUUAAACACAUCCAUGUCAUUUGUGAACCACUUGUGAUUAAUCUUGUUAAGAGGAAAACCUAGUAAUCAUUACAAUGUUUACCAAAGAAAAUACAGCUGAAAUGCUAGGUCUAAAUAAGCAGUGCCAUAAUAUAUAGGGUGGUUUAGUCUUCAGAUGUUGAAAAGAAAGUCUAUAUUUAGUGUGACUAUAUUACAGUCUAUAUGAGCUAAUGUGUUUUCAUGUAUCACAUAAAAGUGUAUUCGGAAAUACAAGAAAGUAAAAUCUGUACUAUGACAUCAUUUAAGGUAAAACAUUCAAUUUUUAAGAAAUUUGUAAUGCCACAUUUAUUGAAUAUCAAACAGUCCCUUUAAGAACUAUCAGAAAGCUAUGUCAGAAAAUCUCAUCUGUGAUACCUAUUUAAUAGUAACCCUUUCAAAGUAUUAAUAAUGGGUUUAUAUAGUCAAAUUUGAAUAUUCAGUUUAAAUACUUAUAUUUUACUGGUCCUGGUUCUAUCAUAGUCUUCAUUUAAAGUACUUAAUGAUUUAUUAACUAUGGUUUUAUAUUUCUGAAUAUUAAAACCUUUAAUAUUGAUCAUUGUGUAUACAUUUAAUAAAACAUGCAACAUAGUUUAUUAUCAAAGGAAAGUACCAAGUAAUUCAUUGUUUAUACCUAGAGAGUUUAAAGCCCGAGUUAAGUAAGCUGUCAUUAAACAGUAAGUUCAAAGGAUGCUCAGACUGGUUAAGCACUGAAGGAAGACCAUGAAAAUGUGCAUCAGGCAGGCAUGCAGAUCAGUUCUCACCACUCUUACCAUGGCACCUGGAUGGGCUAUCAGAUGAGAAAUUGAGCAUAACAAACACAUUGAAAGCAUUGGGAAACAUUGGUCUUUCAUUUCCAUUUCCCCCUCCACCCCUCCCUGCAAUAUAUUAUUUAUCUGGUUUUUAUGCUGCAUAAAUAUGCAUUGUCUCAUGCCUGUUUGCUCUGGAUGCUGUGCGCUGAGCUGUAACAAGAUGUUGCUUCUUUUGUUAUCUGUAUACAGCUGCUUGCUUUAAAUUAGUACAUUCUGAAAUAGCUUUCCUUGCAUGUCUAAAAUAAAAAUAUUGCAUGUACUGUG